UCACGACUUAAAUUAUUGAUGUCAGUUGUGUAUUGACACUAUCAAACUUUAAAAUUAAGUUGCAGAACGAAGUGAAAUAGAUAGGGAUUAGUUCGAAAUUUCUGUACUUGAACAGCCACGAAAAUGUCGUACGUAGCAAAAAAAGCUAACUGUUUUAAAGAUGAAGGCUUCGAGGAGUUGCUGCCUAGGAGAUCCGAAGGACGCUUAAAAGCCUAUAGAUCUGCGACAGAUGCUAGAUGUUGGACUGACGAAUGUGAAGAUAGAAGGCAAUAUAUUUUAGAGCUUUUACUUAAGGAAAGAAGGAUGAGUCUAGGAAGAUACAUUCCGUUCGAAGUUUUGUUAGAACUACUACUUGCAGAUUUAAAGAGACGUUUACAGGAAAUGAACAGUUUACUUACAGACGACCAAAAAAAGAAGAUGGGAACAGGUCGUUCAGACGCAAUGAAAGUCGACUCCACUAAAGGGGUGCAAGCAAAACAAGUUAGUUCUGUGAAGUCUACUCAAGCCGGUAACUUAAAGAUGGGAGUCGAACGCGUAACUGCCGCGGACACUGUACUACCUGACAGUUCAGACAUAAAUGAGGGAGUUGAAGGCAUAACUGCCGGGGACAGUGAAGAACCUGCUAGUUCAGACGUAGUACAUAAGGGUAGUAAAGGAGGUGAAGGAAAGGACAUUUGCACUCAGGAAGUUCAAACCAUUGAAGCCAAAAUAGCUAAAGGAGAUUUAUCACCAGAAGAACAAUUUCAACUCCUUGUUGAAGAAGUUGAAAAUAUGAAGGUGUUAUGUGAACGGCUGAGUUCCUUGGAAGCAGAAAACGAAAGUUUAAAGGCUGAACUAGAAGCUUGCCAAGAGGAGCACGGAAAGGAGAUGGAUGCGUCAAUAUGUGAAAACGCCCUUCUCAAAAAACAAGUUGAAAGCAUGGAAAAGGAAGCGAACGAAAUUUCUUGUACCGCCUCAAAUUAUAUAAAUGAAAUGGCAUGUUCAAAAGCUAAACUGUGCAAAGUACAAGAUGAAAUGACAGAGUUAACUGCCACAUGUGAGGACAUUACUCAAGAAAGAGAUUGGCUUAAAUCACACGUGUGCCAUUUAGAGUGCGAGCUUGAAAAGUGCCAAAAAGAUCAGAAAGAACUGCAAUCGGUGAAAGACCUACUAGAAGAAUUGUGGAAUCACCACGAAACAGUGGCCAAGGAAAGGCAGUGUCUUAAAUCAAAAGUGUGUCAGUUACAAAGAGAAUUACUCACAACUGCAGAUUUUGAAACUAGGCAAAAACUUAAAUAUUACGACGAGGUCAUACACGAAAGAAACUGUCUUAGGAAAAGGGUAUGUAAAUUGGAACAUGAAAUUGAGCAGGCAAAUAUUGCUACUGGAAAUAAGGAAAAAGCAGAAGGUUACUGUGCCAAAUUGAUACAAAAGGUCAAAUGCUAUGAGGAAGUGGUUCAAGAAAGAGACUGUUUACGAGAAAAAGUGCACAAUCUUGAACUAAAAAUGGCCUGUAUGCAAGGACUACCGAAUCAAGUCAAAGAAUUUAAAAAGAAAUGCAGCAAAAUGGAUGACAUCUCUAACGAACGACGAAGCGUACAGGCACGCCUUCAAAAACUCCAGAAACUCGAAGAACAAGUGUGCAAACUCAAGUACGAAUGUAACAAAGCGGCAGCACUGGAAAAGCAAUUAGGAAAAUGCCGAGCCGAAUUAAGAAAAUGCAGAAAGUCCAAAGAAGCAAUGAAAGGCAAACUCGCAAAUUCCGAAGAUCUUAUAGAGAAUUUGUCAAGCAAAGCAAGUUUGACGGAUUCGAUUCAAGAAGAGAGAGAUCAGCUGCAAGCCAAAGUGGAUGAAUUAGCUCAUAUUGAAUGCGAGUAUAGACAAUGUCUUGACAAGCUUCGUUGUUUCGAAACGAUCAGAGCGGAACGAGAUUUGUACAAGGCGAAGUACAGGGAGCUGGUGGCGAUGGAAUCUGAAUGCGAUGCUUUAAGGGAGCAAGUUUCGAACGCUAAAUUGAUCGAAGCCGAAAAGGAAGAGAUGAUGGAGCAACUAGGACAAUUUGAACUUUGCAUCCAAGAUCAGGAAAAUGAAAUUCAGAAAUUGGUUAUGCAAAUAGAGAAACUAACUGGCGGAGAACAAGAACAACAGCGUCAAGUUUUAGAACAAAUUCAAGGUGAACUGAACAAAAAGAAUCAAGUAAUUUCAUCAUCGGAACGACAACUAUCGAGCUUGGAAGAACAGUUGCGACAGACGAUAUGUGACAUGAGUAAAGAGGUCAAAUCCCUGAAAUGCAGAAACAAACACUUAGAAAAACAGAUCCAGCAAAAAGAUGCCGAGAUAUCCAACCUUAGGAAAAAGGAGGGCCGUCUUAAGGACUCCAACGACUGUUCGAAUUCAGACGAUCAACCGAGUUGUUCACAUAAGGAAGGCGGAUGGCGAACUCAAUCGGUUGAUAGACUCCAAUGUGCUUUAAAGCAUCUAAGAAACGAUCUUACAGUGAAAAUAGACACGUGCAACAAACUCAAAUGCGAAUUGGAUAGAAAGGACGAAAUUAUUGACAAACUUAAAGCGUUCGCCAUGCAAAAGGACCAAGUUAAUAGAACAAUUCAUGAUAAGAUGGAACAAAAGCUUUAUACAGUUGUCGAGGAGAAUGAAAGUUUAAGAACCGCUGCAAACGAAAUUGCUGAUGCCACAGGGGAUAUACAUUUGAAGAAUUUAUUAAUAACGUCAAGGGCUGCGAUAGAGAAAAUCAAUGAAGAAUUAUGUAAACAUUACACUAUGUUUGAUAAAGUAACCGAGAAACAAAGUAUGUGCAUGGAGAAACUGAAAUGCCUUAAAAAAGAAAAUAAAAAGUUAAAGGACUGUUACACGGAUGUAAGCAUUAGCUUAGAACAGAUGCAGUACGAAAAUAAAGUUCUGAAGAAGAAAAGUGAAUGAAAAUGUGCCGUCCUGUCCCUUACCGGGUGAUUUCGAUGUUAUGACCUUUUGAUACAUUUUCUUAUUGUUCUGUGGUAUAUUAGUAUUUAAAUUAUUGUAUAAUAAAAUAUUAUUUUUAAA